CACAAAUAAAAUUUGUAGUGAAUUUUCCGCAAUUUUCAUAGUAUAGGAAUGUCCCAUGACCGUAAAUACGUGAACGCUUAUUCAGGCCAGGGCGACACCGAGUUUAUUUUAGCAUCUGUGAAAGAACAGGAAAUACAGUUUGAGAAGCUGACGCGUGAAUUAGAGGAAGAACACAUAACUGUCGCAAAUCAAUUGGAACAGUUUAGAGUGAAGUCUCCUGAGGCAUUUAAUUAUAGACCAGAGGAAAAUGAAAGAGAAAUAAGCGACACUGAAAGUAAACAAGGUUCAUCGCUUGAUCGAGUGGAAACUUCACUUCCGAAUGGAACAAAACGUUAUGACAGUGACUGUGCCGAGAAUCAAGUUAUUAAUGAUCGAUAUUACACACAAGCAAGACAACCAGUAGAAGCAAAGAUGUUAUACAGUCAAGCAUACCUGGUACAUCAGCGUCCGUACAGCCAAUAUCCUUACCAUGCCAAUCUCGUCCCGCAUCAAUCAGUGUAGCUCCCCCCAGACCAUGCCAUGUCUCUCCCCCUCCCAACCCACCCCCUUAUUCCA